AUGUUUCAACGCAUUCGUGGCGCCAUUGAGACCAUUGCCGAGGAGCAGGCCAAACACCUAAAGGCUACAGAGUCAGCGGCAGCUUCUUCCAAGCCUUCCAAAGCAAAGAGUACGACUUUCGACGCUUCGGAAGCCACUGCGAACCCCGAUCCGGCCGUCUUCGAAGCCGCCUUUGUCCUCGACGACAGCGACGAGCCGAGCCGCACAGCAACCCCAAAGCCAGCGUUGCCUGAGAAGGACACGAAAGGCACAGGCAAGAUGAGCGGUGAUAAGACAAACAGCGAGAAGGAGGUGUCUGAGAAGGAUGGCGCAAUGGCAGACGACUCAACCAAGCCGGCGGGUAAAGAUGACGCCUCGCCAGAGCCGCCCAAGAAGGACACGGCCUCCUCCAAGCCUGCUGCUGAGCUUUCCACCGAGGUUAGACAGCGCCUCCGCAAGCUGGAAAAGCUUGAGGCUACAUAUCCAGAGCUCUUGCGUUCCUACCGAGUUGCACAUAAGCGCGCCACGUCAAUCGAGCCCUUUGAACGAGCACUGCGAGAAAAUACUCCCCUGACUACAAUCUCUGACCCCGCGGCCAUGAUUGAGUAUCUCAACCAGCUCAAUCUACGUGGCGACAUGGUCAUGGAGGAGCUGAAGCGUGUCACUGCCGAAAAGGACGGGCUAAAGAAGAAACUCGAUGAAUCAGACGGUGCCAAAUCCAAGUUGGAGGACGAGCUAAAGAGUCUCAAGUCUGAGAGUGCGGGCAAAGAAACAGCAAAGACUGACAAGGCGAAAGCCAAAGAUUCCGACGACCUCUUUUCAUACGACGACGAAAUCCCACAGUUGCAGGCUGAGAUUGCUGCCAAGACGGACGAAAUUGAUACUCUUAAGACUGAAGUAACCCGUCUCAAGAAAAAGGUUUCGACAGCUGAAGAAAGCGCCGCAACCCUUACAAAGGAUCUGGAAAAGGCAAAGAAGGAUCUUGACACAACCAAGACUGCUUCUGCAGAUGAAGAAGCUCAUAAGAAGGAAGUCGCAUCUUUAAACGACAAGCUUACAAAGUCCGAAUCGCAGGUAAAGGAUCUUGCCACUGAGCUGGAAUCUACGAAAAAGGACGCUGAGAAGCUGAAACAGGUGGAGGCGAACUUGGCCACGGUCGAGAAGCGUUCUAAGGACUUGGGUGCCGAGAUGGACAAGGCAAACAAGGGCAGCGAUAUUUCCAAGAAGCUCAUUGACGAACUAAAGACACAGGUUGCCACUCUGAAAUCUGAGAAGAUUGAGAAGGAAAAGAAGAUUGAAGAUCUCGCCAAGCAGGUGGAAACCCAAGCCAGCAACACGCCGACCCCGUCGGAGCGAGACCAAUCACCUGCCCCCGCGGCAGCGAAUGCAUCAUCUGCUGGGGCGAAGAAGAAGAACAAUAAGAAGAAGAAGGGCAAGGGUGGUGCCGCUGGUGCUACAACUACAGCAACCGCUGACGCAGCACCAUCUGAAUCUACCGAAAAUGCUACUGAUUCGACAUCGUCAGACAAAGCUGAGCUUGAGGCUGAAAUUACAAAGCUCAAGGAAGAAAUCAAGGAGAAGGAUGCUCUGAUUGAGAAGCUUUCUAAACAACGCAAGACUGAAGAGGACUUGCGCGAAGAGAUUGAGACUCUACGAGAGGAUCUGCUUCAUAUUGGACAGGACCACGUCAACGACAAGGACAAGAUCAAGACAUUGCAACAGGAGAAGAAGGAUCUUACAGAAAAGGUGGAAGAAAUGGAGGGCAAGAUUAGUGCCUCUGCUUCCAAGGCUGGAGACAGCGCCAAACUCGAAAAGGACUAUGACGAGCUCAAGGAUAAGUGUGCUACGCUGCAGUCUGACCUUGGUGCAGCUGAGAAGUUAGCUCAGACACGCUUUAAGGAUCUUAGUGACCUCAAGGAAGUCCUGGCAAAGGCGCAACCAGAGCUGAAGACACUGCGCCAGGAGUCUGCGGAACUAAAGAAAGCCAAGGAAGAGCUUGCUAGCAAGGCCAAGGAGCUUAAAGAUGUGGAGAAGAAGGAGAGGGACCUGAAGCGGGAGAUUUCAACCGCCGAGAAGCUUGCAUCUGAUCGCGCUGGUGAAAUUAAGACGCUAAAGGAUAAGCUUGCAUCGGAGACCAGCUCUAAGCAGAAGCUUGAAGAGACUAGCCGUAUCACUGGCCGCGACUUUAGACGAGCCGAGGCAGACAAGAUUGAGCUGAGCUCCAAGGCGGAGAAACUGGAACGAGAGCUGCAAAAGGUGCAAGAGGAGGCUGGCAAGCUUCGACCCAAGGUCAAGGAGCUCGAGGAGCAGAUGCACAAGCUCAAGCGCGACAAGACAGCCGCGCAAGAAGAUGCCGAAUUCAAGACGAAACAAUACAGCAAUGCGCAAACACUACUCAAUGGCAUGCGCGACCAGACGACAGAGAUGUCAGUACAGCUCAAGGAGUCCAAGUCGCAGGCAGAGUCCAUCGAGGAAGAGCUUGCCGAGGUGCAGAAGCUGCUUCAAGAGCGCACUCGCGAGGGCGAAACGAUGCGCAGGCUAUUGUCAGAUGUUGACGAGCGCGCCGAGACCAAGGUGCGCGAUAUGCGCAGCCGCAUGGAAGCCGCCGUUGAAGAGCGCGAGCGCAUCGAAGACGAGUCAAGCACUCUUGCACGCCGCAAGACGCGCGAGACGGAAGAAUUCAAGCAAAAGAUUCGCGAGCUAGAGCGCGAGGUCAAGAACAUUACACAGGAGCGCGACGACCUCGACGACCGAAGCAAGGACUGGCGCCGCCGCCGAGAAGAGCUGGAGAGCAUCGAGGCGAAUGCGUCGGCCGAAGCAGAGGAGAUGCGCUCGACUGUCUCGCAAUUACGUACGGCGCUUGACGCCUCUGAGACACAGGUUCGGGAUGGCGAGAAGCAGCGCAUUGACAUGCGCAAGAUGCUCGAUGACUCACGCCAGCGCUACGACAAGCUCGCGCGCGAUCUCAAGACGACGCAGGCGAAGUUGACGUCUAGCCGCAGCUCGAUGGACUCGGCGCGCAGCGCCAACGGCGGCAGUGCGCAGGACACGGCGUAUCUCAAGACGAUUCUGCUACAGUUUCUGGAACAAAAGGACAGCAAGCUACGAGCACAGCUGGUGCCUGUAUUGGGCAAGCUGCUUGGUUUAGACGGUGCGGAAGAGCAAAAGUGGAUGACGGCCGUCAAGGCCAUGUCGUCACGAUGA